CUGUACACUGAUGUUCGUUCUGUAAAUCGUUGUUUUAAACUUGUAAUAAAACGGGCGAUUAUUGGAAGCAGCACUGGACUUUACUGCUGGCUGCAUGCUUCAUUACACACGUAGAGCAAAGUUUAAUUAAGGGAAUGCAUGGUAUCUAGUUAAGAGAUGAAUAAAGAGAACUUUGCCCUCAGUGAGAAGAUAGUUUCAGCCGCCUAUGUCCGACAGGGGAGUCAGGCACGACGCAGCCAUGAACAGCUCAUCAGACAUUUACUGGAACAGGGAAAGUGUCCGGAAGAAGGUUGGAGUGAGAGCACUAUAGAGCUCUUCCUUAAUGAACUGGCAGUGAUGGACAGCAAUAACUUCCUGGGGAACUGUGGCGUUGGGGAGAGAGAAGGUCGGGUGGCGUCAGGUCUGGUGGCAAGGAGACAUUACAGGUUGAUUCAUGGCAUAGGUCGAUCAGGUGACAUUGCUGCAGUUCAGCCAAAAGCUGCAGGAUCCAGUCUCCUCAACAAGCUCACCAACUCCAUCGUGUUGGACAUCUUGAAGGUUGCAGGUGUUCGCAGUGUGGCCAGCUGCUUUGUGGUUCCCAUGGCAACAGGAAUGAGCUUGACUCUGUGCUUCUUGGCACUGCGUCAUCAAAGACCCAAGGCCCGCUACAUCAUCUGGCCUCGCAUUGACCAGAAGUCCUGUUUCAAAGCCAUGAUUACAGCAGGCUACGAACCAGUUGUGGUUGAGAACGUUCUUGAGGGCGACGAGUUGCGCACUGACUUGGUCACAGUUGAGCGGAAGAUCGAAGAGCUCGGAGCAGAGAACAUACUUUGUGUUCAUUCCACAACGUCCUGCUUUGCGCCAAGAGUUCCUGACAGGCUGGAAGAGCUGUCAACAAUGUGUACAAAACAUAAUAUUCCUCACAUAGUCAACAACGCUUAUGGUGUUCAGUCGUCCAAAUGCAUGCACCUUAUACAACAGGGGGCUCGUGUUGGACGAGUCGAUGCCUUUGUGCAGAGCUUGGACAAGAACUUUAUGGUUCCAGUAGGUGGCGCCAUAAUUGCAGGAUUUGACGAGGCCUUUAUACAGGAGAUCAGUAAAAUGUACCCAGGUCGAGCAUCAGCCUCACCCUCCCUUGACGUCCUCAUCACCCUCCUCACUCUGGGAGCCAAAGGCUACAAGAAACUUCUGUCAGAACGAAAGGAGAUUUAUAUGCUCCUGGCUCAGGAGCUGAGCACCCUGGCCUCAGCACAUGGGGAGAGAUUGCUUCACACCCCACAUAACCCCAUUUCACUGGCCAUGUCUCUGGAUGGUCUGCAGGCUGAGAGCGACAAGGCGGUGACGCAGCUGGGCUCCAUGCUGUUCACCCGGCAGGUGUCAGGAGCCAGGGUAAUACCACUGGGUAAGGAACAGACUAUUAGCGGCCACACGUUCCGUGGCUUCAUGUCCCACUCUGAAAGCUACCCCUGUCCUUACAUCAACGUUGCCUCAGCUGUGGGUAUCUCCAAAGAAGACGUGACACUGUGCAUGAAACGGCUCGACAAGUGCCUAAAGGCUCUGAAGAAGGAGUUGAACCCGAGCAAAAGCACUUCCCCGGUCUCUCAGCUGAGCCACGAGGAUACGACAGACUGACUGAACCAAAGCUGGAGCAGAUGUUCUACAGGAGUCUCUGCUUCAAAUCACCAAUGGCUGCGUUCACAGAAAACACACUCGGCCUUGCUCACAAUCAAUGAAUACCUUAAAGCCCAAACAUCUGCUGCAACUAAGUGGAAAAAGAUCAUUGUGCACAAACCAUGGAUUCAACAAUGUAUUGGUCAAUUCAAAGACGGUCAGCUAUUCAUUUUGCAAUACUCUAUAUUUACAGUAAUGUGUAUUGAUAAUGAAUUAUGUCUCUUGUAAGUUUUUCAUACACAGAUUUAAAUUAUAUUGCCUUCAUUUAAUAAUGAAGUUAAUUAUCCUAUUACUUUCAAUAAUGACUUAAGUGCAGAUUUUCAUAAAGAUCAUGUUGAAAUGUGUUUUACCUGUGGCUCCCUUUAAGAACUAUUUCUCCUUCUGUUGUUAUUGACAGUCACAGUUGUUCAGACUUUUGUGACGACAACUUGAUCACUGCCAUUGAUAUACAUAUGUAUAUAUUUAUGUAUAUGUAUGUAUAUGUAUAACAUUAACAUCAAGUUUACUUUAUUAAAAUUAGAAUAUUAGAACGUUGAGGUACUACGACUGGGACCCAAAUGACAUAUGCUUAAUUUAAUUAACAGAAAUAGCAGCGUCAGCAGUUUAAUUCUUGCCAAAAUGCAACUAAUUUAUAACCAGUGUUCUGGGAUUAUAAUCUUAAUUUCUUCUUUAAAAAAAAAAAAAUCCUACUCGUUCACUUUGUGUUUUCUAAUCUUACAUUCCCUGUAAGAUAAGACUGUCUGCUUUACUUCUGGAUACAUAAAACCUUUCCAGCUUUACACCGUA